CGUGUCGUUCAUUAUGUUUCAUUUCUUUACUUUACUCCUUUCCAUUCCCUGUUCAGUGAUCAUCAGCAGCAGGCUCACACUUUCCUUCUUUGUUUCUAUGGAAACAGGAACAUAAUGGUACCACAUCUGUGGCGUAGCUCUCUGUGUAUCUGUUAAAUGAAUGUUUGACAGGAACAAGAACAAAAGGGAAACGCGAGGUGAAGAUGGCUUUAGCAAGCGGUCACUGGCUGGAGAAAGAAGUCAGGGGGGAACCUCCAAGUCCAAGACAUGGUCACGCUUUGGCUGUGGCGGGAAGCGUCGCCUUCCUGUUUGGCGGAUCAUGCAGCAUCAGCCCAGAGGUCAGCCCUGUUUACUUCUCUGACUUCCACAUGCUGACAGUUACUCCUGACGAGGUUAGCUGGGAGGAGAUCCCUCAGAGUGGAGAAGUUCCAGCUGCCAGAGAAGGACACACACUCUGCCUCGUCAAAGGGAAGCUGUUCCUGUUUGGAGGAGCCUCCCGUCCUGAAGCCUCUGAAUGUCUCCCAGGUGUCUACAGCUUUGACGUCGUGUCUCUGACCUGGGAAUGCCUCUCAACCAGCGGCGUGGCUCCCAGAGGUCUCCGCCACAGCUCUGCCGCUGCUGGAGACAACAUCUACGUCUACGGAGGCGUAGUGAAGGGGGACCCUACUGAUGACCUACUGGUCUUCAACACAGUGUCUCUGACCUGGACACCGGUAAAAACCAGAGGAUCUCCUCCUCCUGCUCUAUGGGGCCAGAGCUUCGCUCAGGCUGGAGAUCAGGUCUUCAUGUUCGGAGGUUAUGGAGCAGGAGGGGAAUUCUGUAAGAACCUUUAUGUUCUUAAUACAGAGAAGCUGCAUUGGCAGAGAUGGGAGGUGAAGGGAGAUUGUCCUGCAGCCUGUACCGGACAGACAUUGACUGCACACCAUGAAAAGGACAUUUAUCUAUUUGGAGGAAAGUUCUCAAAUAAAGAUGCAACAGUGACAUCAUCCAACGAAAUCCAUAAGCUCAGUAUUUCAAAGAUGAAGUGGAAGGUUCCACUGUAUGUUGGGAUUCCUCCAGCCCGGCGACAUGGCCACGCUGCCUUUAUCCUCCACAGUCAUCUCUAUAUUUUCGGAGGGAGGAAUGAGGAGCAGGAUUUUAAUGACCUGAAGGUGAUGAAGCUCAUCAACCCUUCUGAGAGACAACCAGGUAAAUUAGGUGCACCUCUAAACCUUAAAGGAUCCUCAAGCAACAAAGUCCUAAUCUCAGUAAAACAGAAACAUUUCAGGUUAGAAAUGUAGAAAAGUCUGAUCUUCAACAUUACAACAUUGAUUUGGUGCAAAAAA